AAACGCAGGAUGUUACGAGUGGCUUCCGGGGCGGCCAAUCACUGUCCGAUUUGCAGCAUCCGGCUUAUGUUGCUCAGUAAUGUUGCUCGCAGAGGGGUGGUAGUGAAAGCGAGGUGGAGAAACGGGCUGCUGGUGGCGAAGAUGGCGGAUGGGGACAGUGGAAGUGAGCGCGGUGGCAGCAGCAGCGGAGGGGGAGGAGGCGGCGGCGGAGGCGGAGGAGGAGGAGGCGGCGGAGGCUUCCAGCAUUACCAGCGGGAGCCGGAGACCCAGGAGCUGGCCUCCAAGCGGCUGGACAUCCAGAACAAACGCUUCUAUCUGGACGUGAAGCAAAACGCCAAAGGCCGGUUCAUCAAGAUCGCCGAGGUCGGCGCCGGAGGAUCAAAAAGUCGGCUGACUCUCUCCAUGUCAGUGGCGGCGGAGUUCCGCGACUACCUCGGGGAUUUCAUCGAGCACUACGCGCAGCUGGGGCCUAGCACUCCCGAGCAGAUCGCCCAGUCAUCGGGCGGCGAUGACAGCGGGCCUCGGCGGGCCUUGAAGAGCGAAUUCCUGGUGCGCGAGAACCGAAAGUACUACCUCGACCUUAAGGAGAACCAGCGGGGCCGCUUUCUCCGGAUCCGCCAGACCGUGAACCGAGGCCCCGGCUUCGGUGUCGGCGGCAUGCCUGUAGCCGGCAUGCAGGCCGGACAGACCAUCGCCCUGCCGGCCCAGGGCUUGAUAGAGUUCCGCGACGCCUUGGCCAAGUUGAUCGACGACUACGGCGGCGACGACGACGAGCUGGCGGGCGGCGGCGGAGGCACGGCGGGCUUCAGCGAGCUCCCGGAGGGCACCUCCAUCAUGGUGGACUCCAAGCGCUUCUUCUUCGACGUGGGCUCCAACAAGUACGGCGUCUUCCUGCGGGUGAGCGAGGUCAAGCCCAGCUACCGGAACUCUAUCACCAUCCCCUUCAAGGCUUGGAGCAAGUUCGGGGGCGCGUUCAGCCGCUACGCCGAGGAGAUGAAGGAGAUCCAGGAGCGCCACCGGGACAAGGCGUUCGAGCACCGGGCGGCGGAAGAGUCCGAGGGCGACGACGUGGACGACGACUGACUCCUCACUUCUUUGUGUUUGUUCAUCCAGCUGACCGGACGAUGCAAAGCCAGGGAGAUAAAACAAGAUCCAGAGUGCAUGACUUUUUCAAAUUCAGAGUUUAAAAAAAAAUCUAUAUAUAUUCUAAAACGUAGAUGGAGAUAUAAGUGUGGAUCCCUAUUGGUUGAUUGAUUGAUAUAUAAUAUACAUAUGUAUUGAUAAAUAUAUAUGUAUACAUAUAUGUACAUAUAUGUGUGUAUGUAUAUAUACACACAGAUAUACAUAUACACACACACACACCUAUAUAUAUAUAUAUAUAUAUAUAUAUAUAUAUAUAUAUAUAUAUAUAUAUAUAUAUAUAUAUAUAUAUAUAUAUAUAUAGGUGCAUCUCAAUUAGAAUAUCGGGCAAAAGUUUUUGUUUUCUUUAUUUCUGGAGUCAGUUUGGACUCAAAGACCAAAUUUCCCUCCAUGUAGCGAAUGUCUAGAACAGGGGUGUCCAAACAUUUUCCAAAGAGGGCCGCACACGAAAAACUUAAGCAUGCGGGGGCCAUUUUGAUAUUUUUCAUUUUCAAACCAUAACAAAAUAUAUGGAUUUUUUUUUUUAUCACAAAAAAUUUUAAAAUAAGUCAAAUUAUUAUUUUUUUUUAUUUAUUUAAGGCUGACAGUAAAUCUCUAUAUCAACUUGAGGUGGAUAUAAAGUAAAACAAAUAAGGUUUUAUGCCUUUUCUGUCAAAGACAACUUUGUUUAUUAAUUGUAAAACUUAAAUAUGCAGUAUUUAGAUAGAUAGUACUUUAUUGAUUCCUUCAGGAGAGUUCCUUUAUUUAGCAAUUAAAGCCUUCAAAGAUCAAUAAUGAAGGACACCAUUGAUUUGAAUUAUUUAAUAUUUUUGAGUAAUCACAGUGAAAAGUUAAAUAAAAUCCUAAUUAUAUUUGAGAUCCGAAAGGUUUCCCACUUAUAAAGUGAUACAUUUUUAUUAAUUGUUUUUGUACUUUUGACACUUAAAUUUCAAGAUCAACUUCCGAUAUAUCUGUCGAUUUUAAGUUUGACAUAUUGUUUUUUUUUGUUUUAUGCUCUUUUGUCAAAACAUUGAUGUUUUUAUAUGGCAACCACACAACAUAUGCAAUAUUUUUUCCACAUAAAACAUUUUAAAGUGAUAAUUUUUAAGUAAUAAUUAAUUAAAACAGAUUUUUUUGUCCUUUUUUUUUUUAGCAAUGGAAAAAAGAAAAUAAAGACAAAAGGAACAAAAAAACUGCCUGCAUGGCAGCUUUGUGUCAAUAUUGCCACUUUUUCUCAUUAGAUUUCACCUCAUUCCACUUUUUUUUAAAUGUUUUUUUAAAUUUUUGCAACACUAUCAAUUUUGCUGUUUUUGCAGAAUGUGUGGCGGGCCAGUGAACAAUUAGCUGCGGGGCGCAAAUGGCCCCCGGGCCGCACUUUGGACACCCCUGCUCUGGAAUAUAAGUAGCAUCAUGUCUGCACCAUCAGCAAAGUAGCCACAUUUUAAAGUGCAUGCAGAGGCGUAGAUUAAAAUGGCGACCACUCAUACGUAAAAUGUUCACGCCAAUGUUGGUUGACGCCAAUUUGGGAAUUUUUUUUGUAGCUCACGAACCUGACGACUAUAGAAGACUGAGGUUGAUAGAAUUAGCGGCCGUAAUCGUAGCUUUCCCUGUUUGAGUUUUCUUACUUUGUUAAACCUAUUUGCUAAUAUAUAACCUGAGCUGUACUUCGUAAAAUCAGCAAAAUAAUCUGUCACUUUGAAACAAGCAUACUUUUAAAAAAUAUUCUAAAUGAGAUGCAUCAUUAUGUGACUUGUCUAUCCGAUAGCAGUACGGUCGAGCAGGCGCACCCUACUUCCUGGUUGAGAGCCAAUCAAAAGAGCUCACCUGUCGUUUGUGUUUUGGACGGCGUCAGUCGUGACUUAUACCCGCCUCUACGGACCAAGACUGGCCAAAUGGAGGGUGUCCAGCUUGGACGGGACAUCCCCACCCCCGCCCCGACUCACACACCGGCAGGUGUUCUGUUACAAGCACACGGCCCGUUUGGAUUAUGUGGACGACGGCCCGACACACACCUGUCCCUUACCUCCAUGCUUCUUGGUGUGUGUCCCCUCAAGGUGCUACUUGUUUUAGAACCGGCACAUCCCAUCUCCACUCUGGAGGACCAUGUCCUGUGGGUCAAAGCCGUCAUUCGGAUCUCUCCACCCGAGGAACUGUUGAAUGCCCGAUUGUAAGACCAACGAGGUGCUGUGGGAAAACAAAAAGAUGCAAAAUAACUAAAUGUAUACUGGGAGAGAUUUAAAAAACCCAAAAACAAUUAUAGAUAACAUUAUUUUUCAAAAAGAGAUAUUUAUCGUCUCAAAUGAGACUUUUAUUUAAAGAAAAAAGUGGCUUAUUUAACAAACACUACACUUUGAUAUUUCUUCAUGCCUGCUUUUGUUUUCCUUUAGAGCGGGGGUGUCCAAAUUGUAACUUCAGUUUAUUUUUAUUCUGAAAUGGCACUCAAAAUAUAUAUUGUUAAUUAGUAUAGGUCAGGGGUGUCCAAACUUUUUCCACUGAGGGCAGCACACUGAAAAAUCAAAGCACAUGGGGGCCAUUUUGAUAUUUUUUUCAUUUUCAAAACCAAUACAAUAUACUUUAUUUUUGGGGGGGGGCUCCCUCAAGUUAGGUCCUAAGGACCCAGAAGGGUUUCACUCUUAAACAAGGUUCAUAAUACCAUAUUUCUUUGAAUUGCCGCCGGGGCGCUAAUUCAUUUAAAACCUCUUCUCACUCCUGCGCUUACCAAAGGCAUGCGGUAAAAAUUUGAGUGUGAUGUAAGCUUGGACCUUAAAUCCUACUGAAUAGCUCUUAAUCUUCUUCCCUUUAUGCAAUUUCAAAUUACCGGUAUUGAAAUCAGCCUCCUCCAUUUUGGAAAAUGAUGACAGGGGAAGUGUCACUCGUGUCGUCACAAGUUUGACCGGGCGGUAAUACUAAGCAUGCGCUAAUUAUUUUGGGAAGCGAGUUUGACCUGACAGUAAUUCAAGGCAGGCGCAUACUAUAUGACCUGCGGCAAUUCAAGGAAAUACGGCAAGUCAUAUAUUAUUUUUUUCAUAAAACCCUUGAAUCUCUAAUUCUACUUAAUUAUUUUUAUCACAUUUUACAAGCUGUUUGUCGAAACCCUAUUUUUUGGGUCAAAAAUACAAAAUAUACAAUAUUUUUCUCCCAAAAAAUUUCAAAGUGGAAUAUUUGAUGUGAAGUAAUUUGAUGCCUAAAUAGGUCAAUAAAUAAUAGCAAAAUUGAUUAGAAUUUAUUAUCUUUUUUUAAAAAAUUUUUAAGCAAAGACAGUUAUAUUAAAUUCCACUAAAAUUCUUAGGGAUCCAAAAGUGACCCACUCAUAAAAAGGUCAUGCUUUUUUUUUUUUCAUUCAACACUUAAAUCUCUAUAUAAGCUUCAGAUAAAAUAUAUUGUAAUUGGUUUAGUAUAUUUAUAACAAUCAUUAGUAUAAUUAGUAUGGCAAUUUUUUUUUUCUAAUUUUCAUAUUUUUAUGUUUGUUGUAUUUUUGUCCUUUUAGUCCUUAAAUCAAUAAUUUAUAGCAACAUUGAUUUUUAUUCAUUAUUAUUUUCUGAGAAGUUAUUUAAAAAAAUGGUGUUAUUGGGGUCAACAAUGCAACUUUUUCUCGUUGCAUUUCACCUAUUUGCUCUUUUAUUCCACUUUUUAUUGUUUAAAAAAUAUAUAUAUUUUAGUAUUUUUACAAUGACGUGCUGCGGGCCGGUAAAACAUUAGCUGCGGGCCGCAAAUGGCCCCCGGGCCACACUUUGGACACCCCUGUUAUAGGUUGACCUACAUUAAAUCAUUUUUAAAUGUCCCAAGCAUGUUUUUUUUUGUUGGAUCAAGUUUGCACACCCCUGCCUUAGAGGAAAUGUAACAAAUUAUUGGCACUCCGCAGCACUCCAGCUCACUUUACAGAGCAUCAGCACUCCUUUUUUUGUCACCUUUUGUCCUCCAUCAGCUUCCAAAAAAACCCCAAAACGCCUCCAUCGUCAACUAUUUGUUCUUUUACGCCCUACCCCCAACAUUUUGGUUUUGCAUGCCUUGUGUUCUUUUUCUUUGCGUAUACGAUGUUGAGUGCUCUAUACGAUGGUAUUUAUCCCCCCCCCAAAAAAUGUCAGACCAUAUUGUGUAUGACGAGAAAAAAAAAAGUUUAUGUCUAAGCUCGAUGAUAUGUUUUAAACAAAAUGCGCUUUUGAAGUUUUAAACUCAAUGCGCUUUUGGGGAAUCACGUCAUUGUCCCACUUCCUUUUUGUGUUGAAUUUUACUCAAAACAGCGAGAAAUGACACACGAUAAAAUAGUUUUGUUCUUUUCUAUUGAUAUAGGUAUAAUAUAUAGAUAUAUUUAGAGAUAUAUAACACAUGAGAUUGAAAGACAUCCAUACUUUCUGUACCGUGUUCCGUGAAAUGGCAGCUGUUUUGGUCAUGUGUGUUCUGCUGUAAAGUUCUUUGCAACCAGAAAUAAUAAUAAAAAAAAUGUUUUUUUGCCCAUGA